AUGGCCUUUUCUUCUUUAUUAGGGGUUCCAAUUACGGAUGAUGUAAUAUUAGACCAAUUGAUGAACGGAAAUCUAUCGGAGAUUGAAGAUUUUGAUGAUGACGACUUGGAAUUUGAACCAAAUACCCUAUUUGAUCAAUUGGCUUGCGAAAAUCUCUUCGAUGGUGACAAUCCUAAUGAAGAUGAAGAAACAAGUCACCAAACAUCACUAUUGAUGUGUCCUCCGGUGGUGCAACCUCCAUCUACAUCGACGCCGCAACCUCCAGCUUCAUUAAUGACGCAACAUUCUCCUCCACCGAGGACGCAGUCUCCAUUAACAAUGCAACCGUCUUGCCCAUCAUUAUCAUCCACGUUGCGUCGUUAUCGAGAAAGAGAUUCUUGGAUCGGAAGAUCUCGUGGAGGUCGUUCUGGUCCUGACUACAGAGACUAUCGGGGAGGAGCAAGUGCUAGCCGGGGAUAUUCGCCUGUAAGAGGAGAAGGACCACCAAACAAGAGAAUCAGACCUGACUGGCCUAUAGAUGAUAGAAGAUAUGGAGGGAUGCCACAUGACUCAUAUGGUUCUUAUGGUUGGGCACAUGAUCACUUUGGUCCCCAUCCUGCACACCAGGGCUAUGGACAGCCAUUGCCACCAGUACCAGCAAGAGAUGCAGUUUUACCAAUGGGUCCAGUAGAUGGUCCCCCUACAAUGAUGACCUUCAAGGCCUUUUUGGCUGCUCAAGACGACUCUAUUACUGUAGAUGAUGCCAUUCAGAAGUAUAAUGAAUAUAAACUGGAGUUUAGAAGACAACAGCUUAAUGAGUUUUUUGUUGCUCAUAAGGAUGAGGAAUGUCUACAGCGUUUUCGUGUGGAAUUGCUGGACACCGUUAAGAAAAUUAUAUUCAAACUUGUACAAAUGUUCAAGAUUAAAUAUCAUCCAGAGGAGUCUGUGAAACGCAAAGAAGAGCAAUUAACGGCAUUGAAGAAUAGGUUAAAUGUCUUCUUGGAGUUACUUGGACAAGGGGAAUUGGAUAAAGUCUCAGUUGAUGUUGAUAAGUCUGAUAAAUUAAUAAGACUACUUGAUACAGUGGUUAUCAAGUUAGAAGGUGGAACUGAAGAAGAUCUGAAGGCUUUGGAUGAUCCGCCACCGCAAGAAAAUUCUAAUAACAGUGAGAAACAAGUAAAUGAUAAAAGUGAAGCAGAAAAGCCUGUAGUUAUAGAUGUGGACGAAGUGAAAGUAAAGGAAGAAAAAGACCACCCGGAACAAGAUAAGGAAAAAAAGGCUGAAUCUCCAAAGCCUACAGCACCUCUUACUAUGGAGAUAGAUCCUCAUUUGCGUCAACUUCAAGAACAAGCUAAAAUAUUUUCCCGAUUCAACUCUCAGCCUGGCAGUGAAAAUGAGAGUACAGUUCAGGAGAAAGAACCACCCCCACCGGCGGUAUCGUCAUCUAGUUCGUCUUCGUCCAGCUCAUCGUCUUCCAGUUCAGAAGACGAAGGUGAAACUAACACUCGACGGAAAUCCAAGUCUAAAUCGAAAUCGCCAGACAAAUCGCCUAAACAAAAGGAGAAGUCACCAAGUGUGGAAAAAGUUGUGGACAUAUCUGAAACAGAUAAAGAAAAGGAAAAUAACACCGAAAACAAAUCAGAAACUGCAAAUGAUGUUGUUGUUGAGAAAAAGGAGUCCCGAGCUCUGCACAAAACUACUUCAAUAUUUUUAAGGAAUUUGGCACCUUCCAUUGCUAAGGCUGAAGUCGAAGCUAUGUGCAAGCGUUAUGGUGGAUUUCUUCGUGUGGCGUUGGCCGACCCUUUGCCGGAGCGUCGCUGGUUCCGCCGGGGAUGGGUCACCUUUCGUCGUGAAGUGAACAUUAAAGACAUAUGCUGGAAUCUUAACAAUAUACGGCUGCGCGAGUGCGAGUUGGGUGCCAUUGUGAACCGGGACCUGCAGCGGCGCAUCCGCGCGGUGUCGGGCGUGACGCUGGAGCGCGCCGUGCUGCGCGCCGACGCGCGCCUGGCCGCGCGCCUCGCGCACCUGCUCGACACGCGAACGCGCCUCUGGCAAGAUACGCCGCGUGCCGACGCGGCCGACGCCGCCGACCCCGCUGACACCGCCGACGACAAGCCCGCCGCGCCAGAGAACUUCAGUCUGAAUUCCAAGAAUCCUGUGCUGCACAAAAUAACUGAGCAUUUAAUUGAAGAAGCGUCAACAGAAGAGGAAGAACUUCUCGGUCUAGAGGCAACAUCUGAACCGGCCGCAAGUGAACAACCCGACCCUGAGUUGAUUCGCGUUUUGGAUCGUCUCGUACUCUACUUACGUAUUGUGCACUCGGUGGACUAUUACAACCACUGCGAGUAUCCAUAUGAAGAUGAAAUGCCCAACCGUUGCGGCAUAAUGCACGCGCGUUCCGGACCACCAGCUAAUAAGCCAACACAGCAAGAAAUACAGGACUACAUUAAGACUUUUGAAAGCAAAAUGUCUGCUUUCCUACAAGAUGCUAAACCACUUUCUGAUGAGGAAUUACAGAAACUUGGUAUUAAGGAUCCGGAUGUAGAAGUAGAAAAGUUUAUCCAGGCCAAUACACAAGAAUUAUCAAAAGACAAAUGGUUGUGCCCCCUGAGUGGUAAAAAGUUCAAAGGUCCGGAUUUCAUCAGGAAGCAUAUUUUCAACAAGCAUGCUGAGAAGGUGGAGGAGGUGCGGCGCGAGGUGGCCUACUUCAACGCGUACGUGCGCGACGUGCGGCGCCCGCAGCAGCCUGAGCCGCCCGCGCGCCCCGCGCCUGCUCACCACGCGCCGCCGCCCGCGCCGUACGGCGGCGGUCCGGGCGGCGGGGGGCCGCCGGCUCGCGGCUGGGGUGGGGGCGGAGGGGCGCCACCCGCGCCCUACGCGCCGCGACACCCGCGCUUCUCGCGCCCCAGGGGCGACGGCGCGGAGUUCCGCCCAGUCAUACACUACCGCGACUUGGACGCACCACGCGAACCUGACGAGUUCAUUUAG